UGCCCGGAAGUCAUGUCUGCACUGAGGCAGGUUAACGGGUGUGAUCUCAAUCCCAGUUCCUCCGGUUUGUUUUCGAGCCACAACAAAUUGCGAGUCCUUUGCCGGGGCCGUGUGGAGCUGGUUGCGACAGGACAUUGUCUGCGCUCUUUUGUUUCUACACACCGCUGAGGUUUCUUUACCGAACAGAAUGGGCCCUGGUUAGAAUCUUCUGGAACCGCAGAGCUUCAAGUUGGUAACGUUAGCCUCCGAAAGCUAAUGCGGCCAGAGGCUACCGGCGGCCCGCUGCCCUGCUCCGAGUCCCGGGGUUAAGCUGACACCGAGCGGCCGGCUUAUUUCUAGUGAACUAAAAGGAUUAACGACAGUCGGAACUCCUGCAACAAACAUCCUCCCCCGAUUCUGUUCUGGGAGUCUUCACACUAAAAACGCCGCCAAGAUAGCUGGACCGGGCAGGAAACGGCACAACUCGGAACCUGACCCCAGUGAAAGCGGCUGCGCUAGCGGGAGCGAGGUGGGAGACAGCCGACCCAUUAGUGGCAAGUGGCUUAAGAUGGCCAGUAGUGGCACGGCGUCCAGCGAGGGAGGCCGCAGGAGAGCUCAGAGAGGACCCGAUGACUCCACCAGCAACAGCAAAAAGAAACAGAAGGAUCGGGCCAACCAAGAGAGUAGGGAGGCCAAGCGGGCUGCUGCAGUCGCCAACACGGAGACUAAGAAAGAUGUGUUUCUGGAUUGGAAGCAGAAUGCCAACGAGGUGAUAGUCAGGCUGCGGUGUGGAGAGGGAACACUGAGAGUGGAGGACGUGAACAUUGCCUUCUCAGAUACGGCCUGUCAAGUCUGCUUUCCAGAUGGCCGUGAAUGGAGCUGUCACCUGAACAGUGAGAUCGAGAGCUCCUGCAGUAAAGUGCAAUAUAAGGAAAAGGGCAGCAUCCUGCAGCUCGUCAUGCACAAGAAGAUCCCCUUCAACUCCUGGGCCUCUCUUAUGCAGAGAAACAAAGAAAAUGAACCUGUAAACAUACUGAGUGACAGUCAUCAGUUAUCUACAGAGAAAUCUAGCCUAAGUUCAGAAACGCUCAAAACUCCAGCACAGCAGACGCCCUCACCAUCAGAUACGAAGCGCGGUAAACCUGACCGGGGCAUGAAAAGAGGGAUCAAGAACAAACAGGUGGAGAAUUCUGAGAGCGUGGGGGUUAAGGUAGCUGAACCCAAACCUGGUGCUAAAGGAGACCAGACCCCUGAGCCAAUAGCCAAGCGCACUGUGCGCCCUUUGAAAAAUACGAAGGAGCCUGCUGUAGCUUCAGGCCCUACACGGCAGCCCCUGCCCAAACCAGUUGUCAACGGUAAACCCGUCACACCUGUUGGCCGUAGCUCUGCCUCUCCAUCAUCUGGUACUCGGGACAGUAGGGCAGAAUCCCAAGUCAAAGAUCAAGCGUGCCAAGGGCCACCAAAAGAGAAGGGAGAUAAAAAGCUAGAGAAACAUAAGCAGGCCGAAGCAAGUAAAAGUAAGCAACAGGUGCCUGAGCCAAGGGUAGAGCCUUGUGAGCCUUCUGCCCCCAGUGUACGAGCUCCAACUCCAAGGGAGACCUGCAAGCAAGAGGAGAGCUGCAGAGAAGCCACAACCCCGGAGGAGGGAAACCGAGAGGAAGAGAGGAUUGGUAGUGCUGUGCAAAGUCAAGGACAAACAGAGGUCCUGCCCCACCACCAAGGAUCUGCAGGACUUGUUCCAGAAACUAGCCCCAAGGGGGAGGAAUCCGCACACACGGAGGAGGAGAAGAGAGACCGAUCUAAGGAGGAGCCAUGUGAGAAGAGUCACGAGAAAGAGGAUGCAGGCCCAGAGCCAAUGGUGAACCUGAAGUUUGUGAAGAAUGACUCGUAUGAGAAAGGAACGGACCUGAUGGUUGUCAAUGUGUACUUGAAGGAAAUCUGCAGGGAGACUUCCAGGGUGCUCUUCAGGGAACAAGACUUCACCCUUAUCUUCCAGACCAGUGAUGCCAAUUUUUUGCGUCUUCAUCCGGAUUGUGGACCAAACACUGUCUUCAAGUGGCAAGUCAAACUCAGGAACCUUAUCCAGCCGGAGCAGUCUAGUUACUCCUUCACGCCAUCUCGCAUAGACAUCAGCCUGAAGAAGAGACACAGUCAGCGCUGGGGGGGCCUGGAGGCUCCAGCUUCACAAGGUGCAGUGGGGGGCGCAAAGGUCGCUGUGCCCUCCGGCCCUUCCUCCCUCGAUAAAAGUCAGCCAGGGAGUAGCCAGCAUGCCCUGCCUGCCAAGGAGGAGCCUCGGGCGGGUGAGGAGAAGCCCAAGCCCCCACGGGCUGCAGAGGAUGCUGGUUUGGAUGCUGUGGUCCCUCGCUCUGAUCAUGUUCCCAUCAAACAAGAGCCAGCUGUUGCCACGCCAAAGCCCACCUGUAUGGUACAGCCUAUGACCCAUGCUCCUCCUACAGGCAGUGAGCGAACUGAGGAAGAGGAAGAGAAGAAAGUGUGUCUCCCUGGCUUCACGGGGCUAGUCAACCUCGGCAACACCUGCUUCAUGAACAGCGUGAUCCAGUCUCUUUCCAACACGCGGGAGCUGAGGGACUAUUUCCAUGAUCGCGCAUUUGAAACGGAGAUCAACUGUAAUAAUCCACUGGGCACAGGUGGAAGGCUGGCCAUUGGGUUUGCGGUGCUACUCCGGGCGUUAUGGAAAGGCACUCACCAUGCUUUCCAGCCCUCAAAGUUAAAGGCAAUAGUAGCCAGUAAGGCCAGCCAGUUUACAGGCUAUGCUCAACAUGAUGCCCAAGAAUUCAUGGCCUUCCUGUUAGAUGGGCUGCAUGAGGACCUGAACCGUAUCCAGAACAAACCCUACACAGAAACUGUGGAUUCUGAUGGCCGUCAGGACGAGGUUGUAGCAGAAGAAGCAUGGCAAAGGCAUAAGAUGAGGAAUGAUUCCUUCAUUGUUGAUCUGUUCCAAGGCCAGUACAAGUCAAAGCUGGUGUGUCCAGUGUGCUCUAAGGUUUCUAUUACCUUUGAUCCCUUCCUGUAUCUGCCUGUGCCCCUACCUCAGAAACAGAAGGUGCUGUCUGUAUUUUAUUUUGCUAAGGAGCCCCACAAGAAACCAGUAAAGUUUUUGGUCAGUGUAAGUAAGGAGAACUCAAGCACAGCAGAAGUGUUGGAGUCAAUUUCUCGGAGUGUGAGGGUCAAACCAGAGAACCUGAGGCUGGCCGAGGUGGUGAAGAAUCGCUUAGGACGGAUCUUCUUGCCAUCUCAUUCCCUUGAUAGGGUCUCAUCCACUGACAUGCUCUUCUGCUUUGAGGUGCUGUCCAAAGAGCUGAUCAAGGAGAAAGUGGUGUUGCUAAAGGUCCAUCAGAGGCUUCAGGUUCCCAGUAUUCCAAUACCCAAGUGUGCUGCCUGUCAGAAGCCUCCUGUGUCAGACGAUGAGAAGCUGAAGCGCUGCACACGUUGCUACCGUGUUGGCUAUUGCAACCAGACAUGCCAGAGGACUCACUGGCCCAACCAUAAGGCGCUGUGCCGACCCAACUCUGAGAAUGUUGGGUUGCCAUUUUUGAUUAGUGUUCCUGAAUCCAGGCUGACUUAUGCUCGUCUCACUCAGCUGCUGGAAGGCUAUUCCAGGUACUCUGUGAAUGUAUUUCGGCCUCCCCUCCAGUCUGGACGAACAUCUCCAGAGAAUAGCCUUUUCCGUAGUGACCAACCUCCCUUGACAGGGACUGUUCCUGAAGGAUCGGGACCAGAGGAGGAAGCACUUUCUGCUAGUAGCACAGAAGACACACAAGCUCAAGCCAGCUUUGUCUCAGGACCUGAAUCCGAGACAGGGCAGGCCUCAGCUAACUCAGCCGGAGACUCCGACACAUUCUCCACACGCACUACGGACUCUGGCUUCUCUGAGCAGGCGUCAAGUUCCCAGGAUCCUUUCAGAGAGAAGGAAACAUCCUGUGAGAAGGCUGUGAAACUAGAAGCUGUUGUUCCUGGAUACCAGCAGCCAUCUGAGUGUAGCUAUGGGAGUGCUUCUCAGUUCUAUAUCUCAUUACUGGACAUCAGUGGCAAAGAACAAAAACUUGAAGACAAAGGUGAUGCAGUGCUGGAGGUCCCUGAAGACUGCACUUUGGAGCUUGUGUGGAAGAAUAACGAGCGGCUCAAGGAGUAUGUGUUGGUGCGCUCCAAAGAACUGGAGUUUGACGAAGACCAGGGUUCUGCCAGUGAGACUGCCAGGGCAGGGCACUUUACUUUAGAGCAAUGCCUCAACCUCUUCACCAAGCCUGAGGUGCUAGCUCCAGAGGAGGCAUGGUAUUGUCCAAAAUGUCAGCAGCACAGGGAGGCCUCCAAACAGCUCCUACUUUGGCGUCUGCCUAAUGUGCUCAUCAUCCAGCUCAAACGCUUCUCAUUCCGCAGCUUCAUCUGGAGGGACAAGAUCAAUGACAUGGUUGACUUUCCUGUGAGGAACUUCGACCUGAGUAAAUUCUGUAUUGGUCAAAAGGAAGAUGUCCAGCAACCACCCAUUUAUGAUCUUUAUGCUGUUAUAAACCACUAUGGAGGGAUGAUUGGAGGUCACUACACAGCAUAUGCUCGUCUACCCAAUGACAAGAACAGUCAGCGCAGUGAUGUUGGUUGGCGUCUGUUUGAUGACAGCACUGUAACAACGGUAGAAGAGAGCCAGGUGGUGACACGCUAUGCCUAUGUGCUGUUCUACCGCCGCAGGAACUCUCCCGUAGAGCGACCGCCCCGUCUGCUAGGGCCCCUGGGAGCCGAAUCCUCUGCUGCAGCUGGAGCUGCAGCCAGUCAGGCGUCUCUGAUAUGGCAGGAACUGGAGGAAGAAGAGGAAGGGCAGCGAGGCGCUCUUUCUCGGGGCCUGUUCCGCCCUGGGCUGCGAGGACGAAGAACCAGGACGAGGAUGGAGGAAGAGGAGGAUGGACGUGGAGGGCUAGCUCGGCGGAGACGGGACCGCGUCUCUGAUUAUUCAGAUGACGACCGCGUCAGAUAUUUCAUCUUGGGCACUGUGGCUGCGGUGUUUGCAUUGCUGCUCAACCUCAUCUAUCCUCUGCUGUACAGGUCUCACUGGGCAUAGACUGAAAGCUGUAACUCAACCCUUAUUAUUCAAACAUACUCAGUAAUGAAUCUUAAGGAUAAAAUGCACAGUCUAUAAUCCACAUGCACACAAAAGAAUGACGUUUCUGCUGUUUGCACUUUACAGUAAGAAUUGGUCUGUUACUGUAGCUGGAUCAGUUACAUAUUAUGAACGUUAGGCUGGUUGUGCUCACCUCUGUGAUGCCUUUAAACCUCCUUCUCCACUCUGGGAUGAGUGGCUGUGCACCCAGUACCAUCUGAGGUGUUGGUCUUUGUGUGUUAAUUAAUGUUUAAAAUCAAAUAAUGUACUGUAUCUUUAGUAUAGCAUGAAUUCUUAAUUCUCAGCAUGAUCUCUCGCUUAGUUUACUUUGUUAAAUUAGACUGGUACAAUGUCUGGAGCAGUGAUAAGCAGUUAUCUGUCAGAUCGCUAAUGUGACAGGUUUGACAGCCAAAAUGUAGCUAAAAACCAAAACAUGCAAGUUACGCCAUUUGUUAGCUUUGGGUUUGAAGUUUGAAUCUAUUACCAUAGCUGUACCUAAAGGGCUCCUAUCAUGGACAACUGAAUUUUCCCUUUUUUUUUUUUUUUUUGUUAUAAAUGUAAGUUGAUUAUGUAUGUGAACAUACGUUUCAGAACAUAUUGUUCAGGGGUUCCCAACCUUAAUGAAAUGGUUGGUGUUUGGCAGCUACCAAGUACUGGAUAACAAGCUGAAAAGAGAAGUUGCAAACGAAGAUCCAGCUCAUUUUGAUAGGUUUGGAUGUCUUACCCGCUAUGUUCAGUCUACAAGACACUGUGUAAAUGGGGCUUUUAUGCUUAAUUUGACUAGACUGAACCCACAACAGUGUGUUGAUUCCCACUUAUAAGGCAUUUAAUACUGUUUUCUUUUUGUUGGCUGUUUCAGUUAUAGACGGGCCAGUCCUAGGGUAUUUCCUUUAUAAAGACCCUGCUUAAAGCCAUUAACCUAUGAGGGAGAAACUCUAUAUGCUCUAUAUACUCUAUAUCGGAGAGACAGACGUUUAACAUUGAGUGCAUUUACUUUAAUAAUCUGAUAACUGCAGAAACUCUAAUUUUGUCAGGGUAGUUCUUCAUGUGCCAACCCGGGCUCAAGGAGGAUGCUGAGGCACCUCAAACAAACCUAAACUAAACCUACACUGGCUGCUUUUCAGUGGCUUCAGACAGCCGGACUUUUCAGUGUUUUUACUCAAGGUUUUCAGCUCUUCCAGUCUCUCUCUCUCUCUCUCUCUCUCUCUCUCGCGCUCUCGCUCUCUCGCUCUCUCGCUCUCUCGCUCUCUCUCUCGCUCUCUCUCUCAAAAGGCGCUCACGCUGCCAGCCAGAUCAGCAGCCUCUCAUUAAGGAGUGAGAGGUAACGAGGGCUCGCUACUCUGCCUCCCUGUCACCACCCCAGCUGACAACUCGACUUCCCGAGUCGAACGUGAGGUGUAGUGAAACACCCUCGCUGCAUAACGGGGCGGGACUCGCUCCUUGCCCUCGUGCCUCUUGCUGGCACCUUUUGCUGGUUGCUGGCACCAUUGGACCGUCCUCCUUCCGCUGUCACUUGCGUGACUCGUGUCCCUUGUCGGAGCUCGGGCUUUGCCCCCUCCACACUCGUGGCUCUUUCCCUGCUGUCCUCACCGAGGUUCAAUGCUGCUGGGUGUUCAGGCCCUGCCUUCCUGCCGGCUCUCGUGGCCAUCAUCGGGGCCCGGGGGGCGGGUGCAUGCCACAGUCUGUAAUCCGAUCAACAAGUUUACAUGCACUUGAGUAAUCAAAUAAUGUGGAAAUUCUGGGUUUACAGGAAUCAGGCAGUAAUCAGAUUUCUGUAUUGCAAGCAGCCAAUACAUUUACAGAAGACAACGUGACGUAACGUUAAACUCAAGAAAUCCGAGUAUAAAUAUACAUGCCCUGAGGAACCCGUUUACAGAGCUACAGUCCAGCUCUCUUUAUCAGAUUUCUUAGUCAGAUUUCUAGAUCCGAGAACGGUGUUUACAUGACCAUUAUGAUUGGAUUAUGGAGUGCAUGUCUAUGCACUCAUUGACUGAAAAUGUACUCAUAGCUACUUAGCAUUUGCCAGACCGCUCAACAAGCGCAACAAGAUAUAUUUGUUGGCCAAAUGCCCCCUAGCAAUACCACCGCAGCCCACAGGUUGAAAACCACUGAUCUAGUUCAGACGUUAUUUAAAAUAGAAACCAAGCUUGAACACCAGCCCACUUUGAACUCAUCACCAAAUAAACAAUACGUUUUCCUAUGUUUCUCUUCAGCCUACAGCAGUUUAGCUGUAUGUGGGAGAUACAAGGAGCAUUUUAGCCCAGACUGCUUUCUAAAUGUGGCACAAUAUAGGGCUGCCUAGAAACAAGCACAUUUGCAUGUGUCCGGCUUAAAGGCUCAGUUACAAACACUUGAAUUACUGUUUUUGGUACUUAAAGGCGCACAAAAAUAUUAGCAGACCUCAAAGGAGAAGAAACAUAAGAAAAAUGUAGGAUAUGAGUCCUUUGAUCCGUCUGCCAACAUAAAGUAGAUGAUCCUUUUCAUCAAUUGACGUACUGUAAAGUAUGAAGUAGUGUUCUGUAUGAAAGAGAAUUCAUUUUUUUAGUAUACUUUUGUGCUUUGAGAUUAAUCCUAUAAAUAAGCCAUGCAAUCCUUCCAGCAGUAGCAAAGACGUAUUCAGUCCCACUUGUUUGCUUGAUUUAGAUGUGAUGUAGUGUUUAGCCUCUGAGUGGCCUUUAAGAAUACCUCUUGGGCUCCUUUGCUGUUAUAAGCAUAUCGUCACUGUCCAAAGAAACCAAGCAUCUAACAAGGGGGGCAGUCGUGAGCUGGAGGUUAGGGAACCAGCCUUGUGACCAGAAGGUCGCCGGUUCAGUCCCCUUGGUCGACAGUA